GCUGAGGGUUUAACGUAAGCCUUUAGCCAAUCUGUACGUGAACAAUGCGAUGAAGGCGACUGAAGGUUCCGGUUAACACACGGACAUAAUCAAACCGGAGCACAAACUGAAAGAAGUGAGUUUGCUGGUUUGCUGCAGUCACUGAGGUCCCGGUCUCUUAUGGAUUCACUCAACACUUUUGAAUCCGAGAUGGAGGCUGAUGGGCAGGGGAGCUACUCUCUGUUUCCUGCUCUGGACAGCAUUGCAAGUCUAUCGGGGACCGCUGAGACUCUGGAGAGCGAACCACCAAAUGAAAUUGCAGAGAAGCCAAACCUCACAUGGCUUGACGCUGCACAGAUUGUUUUGGAAGAAGCCGGACGUCCCAUGCACAUAAAGGAGAUUAAGCAGAGAAUCAUCGACAGGGGACUUGUUCAAUCCAAUGCAAAGUCAAGCCUGGAAGCAGUCAUGUACCGUGAGACACAAAAAGGCAGCAGGAGAUUCAAGAGGAUUGAGAACAGAAACGGAGUCUUUGCACUGCUGACUGAUGAGGAGAGGCAGCAGGCCCUGCAGGCCUUCACUGCGCAGUCUUUCCUCGGCUCUCCGCAGCACAAUACUCUCUCCAGUUCUGGCUCAGGUGCCUCGGCACACACCUUCCCAUCCCCCACCAGUUCCUCAGAGCACAGGACCAAGAUGAAGAGAGGGCCACGGAAAAACCAAAAUGAAAAGUACCAACUCAAGUACCUUAGACUGCGUAAAGCUGCACGCGCCAUGAUAUUUGAGAAUGCAGCUCUCUGUGAUGAAGUUGCCCACAUAGAAGAUAAGUUUCUGAGAGCUAAGGAGGAGCGGAGGUUUUUACUGAAGUCAUUGUUGCAGUACCAGUCUUUGUCAGAGGGGGAGAUACUGCCAACACCUAGCUCGAGCUCUCAUCCACCUGUGCCGCCUGCAGUAUUAACCUCCGGUCCUGCAGGGGCUUCAGGCCUGUCUGGGGGGCAAAACCUGGCGUCCGUGGUGUCAACAGGGGAAGAGGGAUCUCUUAAAAAACCCAAGAAGGAAAGGAAAGAGCGAGGCAGGGAAAAUGGAAAGGAGGAACUUCCAAAGAAGAUGUCCAAGAAGAGAAAGCUAGCAGACGGGUCUCGAAAACUGGUGCAGCCCAUCUCUCUGGACUCUUCUGGUCGUCCCGUCUUCCCCAUCGUACUGGGAGGUUUAACAGUCUACAGCCUGGGAGAGAUCAUCACGGACAGAAUGUUGUUCCACGAUGAAUGUGCCAUCUACCCUGUGGGCUUCUGCAGCACUCGUGUCUUUGCCAGCAUGAAAAACUCUGAGCAGCAGUGCCUCUACACCUGCCAAAUCAAGGACGGGGGAGCAGGUCCACAGUUUGAGAUUGUGCCCGAAGAAGAUCCUCAGAAUGCCAUCGUGGCCACCUCGGCCCUGACCUGCCACUCUAAUCUACUGAAGGCCAUCGCGGCCGUCAGUUCCAAGCCUGUGGUGCCCGUCAUGCCGUCAGGAGCGGACUUCUUCGGCUUCUCACACCCCACCAUCCAGAACCUCAUCCAGAGUUGUCCCGGCGCACGCAAAUGUAGCAACUACCGAUGGAUACGCUUUGAGGUGUGUCGCCCUGGCGAUGGCCAGGUUCCUCACAGCCUGUCGGAGGACGAUGCCUCAGUCAACUUUGAGGCCUACCAGAGACAGCAGGGCUUUGACGGGGACAUCAAGAUGGAGCACAUAACAGGACAGGCACCGCUGUCACCUGGCUCCUCUCAUCAGCACCAUCUGACCUCGCCCACCAUGAAGCCCUCCACCUCAUAUUUCAGCUCCUGAUUCUGAAGUACAAGGUGUUACAUGGACACAAGCCUUGUGAUCAGUGUUAUUUACAAAGCCUAUAUUGUUUUUCCUCCCUUUUUAAAACACAGGCGGACAGUAAAUCAUACCGAUGUUAUUUAUUGUCGAGGAAUCAUUGAGGGCUUGU